UUAAUCCUGCAGAUGGGGAGAGAAGAAAAUGGGCUCGUAGGCAGAUGGCAUUUGUAAGGCAUUCCACAUUCUGGAGGCAACUAGCUGCUUUGUACGUUCAAUCAGCAAUAAUUAAACCCAAAGGAAAAACAGUAACAAAAUAUAACACAAACACGCGCUUCAAAGCUUGGAAAAGCUCAGGAUGGGAUUUCUUCUUUGCUUCUGUUUAUGGAGGCGAAUAUGCACAAAUUGCACCUUUUAUUAUUAUUAUUAAUUAUUUCCUUCACCACCAGGGCCCCAUGGGUGUUAAUAACGGGGAGAACCCCCAUUCUCAGCCACCAUGGAGCAAGACGUGGAUGCUGGUCCAUCCCCGUGGCCACUGGCUCCUCUCACCAUGGGUGCCGCAGGGCUUCUUCACAGGAAGGACUGUAGUGUUUGUUAUCAAGCCCUAACAAGCCUCCUGCUAGUUUUGUUUGUGUGUAUAAAAGAUGGAUGUUCCAAAUAUGCUGCUAAGAUGCAGAUAUUCCACCAGCAUAAACCCAUUCCUGCGCUCACCAACGUAGCCAGGAGUCCCACAAGCGGUGGACAUGAUGCCGUUCUGCUCCAUUUUAGACAAGCCGAAGUCCGUGAUCAUGAUUUUGGAGUUCUCCUCAGGAGUGAGGGCUGCAUCUCUUGGGAAAGGACGUUUGUUCUACUUUACGUUGCAAUGUAGCUCCAGUGAGAGAAAGCACAUGGAGACGACUCCUUCCCAGAGACAUUGCCCUGCGGUGAGAGCAAAACGAGAUGCUGUCCCAGUAUUAGUACACUUGUCAAGAAAAUAUCCAGCAGAGAAAAUAACCAGCAGGGGUGGAAAUGGGUCGUUGUGGUUGCAUCCUCCUGUUUCUGGAUGGUGAAUGGCUUUGCUUGCAGCUAAAAAUGCAUCAAAAGGAUGGAAUGGGAGUGAGGAACAAACCGGUGAGCAGGUCCCUGUCAGCAUCCGGAUCAUGUCCUGACCCAGAGCUCGCAGUGCCCUACAAAUUAAGGCUUUUUAUGCCUGGGAAUGGUGAGAAGGUGACAAGUGCAGCAUCGAGGUUCAAAUUUCCCGGCACAGGGUCCUGCUCAGGCAGUUGGAUGGUAUUGCAACACCCUCUGCAGCUGCGUGUUCUGACCUCCAGGAGUGUUUGAUCCGUGGUGUUGCAGAACCGAUGAAUUAAAACUUGGGUUCCUGCUUCGGUUUCAGUCCUGCUGUCCAGGGAGAGAAACCGCCACAGCAGUGUUGAGCCAAGCACCUGUUUGUUCAGAAUUCCACCAUCCCGCUCCCAUCACGUUCACCAAACUGCUGUGCUUUACAUACGAAGCAGAUCGCUGAAGAUUAUGGAUGAUAGCUCGCUCAUCUCAAACGAAGUCCAGCAGCUGUAAUUUGCACCCAGAUAUCGGGAAGCGAUGCUUUAUGAGAACAUCUCGUCUACCGCCGGGGUUGAGCCCGUGGAAAUCACUUAUGCCAACAGGUUUACAGGUUUUCAUGGUCAAUCAAUUCGCAGUGAGCCGGAGGAGAGGAAGAGAAGAGCUGGGUUUGGUUCGGGAUGACCCAGUGUCACCGCUCGCUGAGCUUUUCUCUGUGCUGGGAACCGCGGGACGGCUUUUGGCGCGAGCUUUGGCGUGCGGGGAGAUGCCAGAUGCUGAGAGAGCCGUGCCUUGGAUGCCCCAGCUCCAUGUCCCAGCUGCUCGUGGCGCAUCACAAGUCAGAAUAACAUGGUGGUCGCUGGAUUGUGCCCAGAGCUCUUCACCCCUGAGGUCCAGGCGUUCGCUGGUUGUAGGUCGUCUUCAGCCUUUGCCCAGGGGCUGCCCGUGGCAGAGGCUGCUGGAGGCCAGUAGAUCCUUAUGGCAGAACCGCUGAGGGUCACGGACACAUGUGGACAACCUUGUACCGCGGUGAGGAAGGCUGUUGUUCCCAGGGCCCGUCGCCAUGGCAUCUGACAGAGCUCGGGCACCUCUGCAGGGAAUGGACCACGGGGAACGGAACACAGAGGAUGGAUGGACCACGGGGAACGGAACACAGAGGACGCUCGAGUCCACGUGGGCGGCUCCGGCGCCCGCUGUAGAACCAUGUGAGGGACACUGUUGGGGCAUAGGACACGCGUGGGGAACACGAGGUUUGCCUUUCCCAGGAUGGAUCAGAGGAAGAACUGGCCUCGGGUACCAGACUCCGAUGGCUGGUCGGUGACUUUGCUCUGUCUCUUCCUGGCAUCGCUCUCCCGAAAUGUCUCCAGCAGCGCCUUGUUCAGCACUUUCCACUCUGAGAACCGGGACUGGACAUUCAACCACCUGACUGUCCACCAAGGCACUGGAGCAGUCUAUGUUGGAGCUAUCAACAGGGUUUACAAGCUUUCGGGUAACCUGACCAUUUUGGUGGCUCAUAAAACUGGUCCUGAGGAGGAUAAUAAAUCCUGCUACCCGCCCCUCAUCGUCCAGCCAUGCAGCGAGAUCCUCACCCUCACCAACAACGUCAACAAGCUGCUCAUCAUCGACUACUCGGAGAACCGGCUGCUGGCGUGUGGCAGCUUGUACCAGGGGGUGUGCAAACUGCUGCGCCUGGACGACCUCUUCAUCCUGGUAGAGCCCUCGCACAAAAAGGAGCACUACCUGUCCAGCGUCAACAAGACGGGCACCAUGUACGGUGUGAUCGUGCGCUCGGAAGGCGAAGAUGGGAAGCUCUUCAUCGGCACAGCGGUGGAUGGCAAGCAGGAUUAUUUCCCAACCCUCUCGAGCCGCAAACUUCCCCGGGACCCAGAGUCAUCAGCGAUGUUGGACUACGAGCUCCACAGCGAUUUUGUCUCAUCCCUCAUCAAAAUCCCCUCAGACACCUUAGCACUCGUUUCACAUUUUGACAUCUUCUACAUCUAUGGUUUUGCCAGCGGUAACUUUGUCUAUUUUUUGACUGUCCAGCCGGAGACCCCAGAGGGCGUCUCCAUCAACUCCGCCAGCGAUCUCUUUUACACCUCUCGCAUUGUCCGUCUCUGCAAAGAUGACCCCAAAUUCCACUCCUACGUCUCUCUGCCCUUUGGCUGCGUCAAGGGAGACGUGGAGUACCGCCUCCUGCAAGCCGCCUACCUCUCCAAGCCAGGAGACGUGCUGGCCAGGUCCCUCAACAUCACAGCCCAGGAGGAUGUCCUCUUUGCCAUCUUCUCCAAGGGGCAGAAGCAGUACCACCAGCCACCCGAUGACUCCGCGCUCUGCGUCUUCCCCAUCCGCGCCAUCAACGCCCAGAUCAAGGACCGGCUGCAGUCCUGCUACCAGGGGGAGGGCAACCUGGAGCUCAACUGGCUGCUGGGGAAAGACGUGCAGUGCACGAAAGCGCCAGUCCCCAUCGAUGACAAUUUCUGUGGCCUCGACAUCAACCAGCCCCUGGGAGGCUCGACGCCGGUGGACGGGGUGACGCUCUUCACCUCCAGCCGGGACCGCAUGACGUCUGUCGCUUCCUAUGUCUACAACGGCUACAGCGUGGUGUUCGUGGGGACCAAGACUGGCAAGCUGAAGAAGAUCCGAGCAGAUGGUCCUCCCCAUGGUGGAAUUCAGUAUGAAAUGGUGACGGUUUUCAAGGACGGGAGCCCAGUCCUUCGAGACAUGGCUUUCUCCAUCGAUCAGAAGUAUCUGUACGUCAUGUCGGAGCGACAGGUGUCCCGGGUGCCCGUGGAGUCCUGCGAGCAGUACACGACCUGCGGGGAGUGCCUGAGCUCCGGAGACCCCCACUGCGGCUGGUGCACGCUCCACCACAUGUGCUCCCCGAGGGACAGCUGCGAGCAGGCGGACCAGCCGUACCGGUUUGCGGGCAGCAUCAGCCAGUGCCUGAGCGUCACUGUGCAGCCCAGCAGCAUCUCCGUCUCCGAGCACAGCCUCCCGCUCAGCCUGCUGGUGAGUGAUGCUCCGGACCUAUCGGCCGGGGUCACCUGCCUCUUCGGAAACCUGACGGAGGUGGAAGGGCAGGUUUCGGGCAGCCGCGUUGUGUGCGUGUCCCCGGCAGCCAAGGAUGUUCCUGCCAUACCUGUGGAUCAGGACUGGUUCGGCGUGGUCCUGCAGCUGAAGUCGCGGGAGACGAGGAGGACGUUUGUCAGCACCGAGUUCAAGUUCUACAAUUGCAGUGCCCACCAGCUGUGCCUGUCAUGUGUGAACAGCGCUUUCCGCUGCCACUGGUGCAAGUACCGGAACCUCUGCACCCAUGACCCCACCACCUGCUCCUUCCAGGAGGGACGGAUCAACGUCUCUGAGGACUGUCCGCAGCUCUUCCCCACCGAGGAGAUCCUGAUCCCGGUGGGAGAGGUGAAACCCAUCACGCUGAAGGCCAGAAACCUGCCCCAGCCCCAGUCGGGCCAGCGUGGCUACGAGUGUGUCCUCAGCAUCCAGGGUGUGAUCCACCGCGUGCCCGCCCUGCGCUUCAACAGCUCCAGCGUCCAGUGCCAGAACAGCUCGUAUCUCUAUGAUGGGAUGGACAUAAGCAACUUAGCAGUGGACUUUGCCGUGGUUUGGAAUGGGAACUUUGUUAUUGACAACCCAGAGGAUCUGAAAGUUCACCUCUACAAGUGCGCGGCCCAGCGCGAGAGCUGCGGGCUCUGCCUCAAAGCCGACCCCAAGUUCGAGUGCGGCUGGUGCAGCGGCGAGGCCAAGUGCACCCUGCGGCCCCACUGCAGCUCCUCCUCCGCCCAGCCCUGGCUCGACUGGUCCAGCAGGAACGUCAAGUGCUCCAACCCUCGCAUCACCGAGAUCCUGACCGUGUCGGGCCCCCCAGAAGGAGGGACGAGGGUGACCAUCCGCGGCGUCAACCUGGGCCUGGAUUUCUCCGAGAUCGCCCACGGGGUGCAGGUUGCCGGGGUGCAGUGCACACCCCUCCCCGAGCACUACGUGGUCGCAGAGCAGAUCGUGUGUGAGAUGGGGCAGGCGCUUCCAGGGAUCAGCUCCGGCCCCGUGCUCCUGUGCAUCGGGGAGUGCAAGCCCGAGUUCACGGCCAAGUCCGCGCAGCAGUACAUGUUCGUGACGCCGGCGGUGAGCUUUCUGAACCCCAGCCGCGGCCCCGAGUCGGGAGGGACCAUGGUGACCAUCUCCGGGCACUACCUGGGAGCCGGCAGCCGCGUCUCGGUGCUCCUGGGAAACCAAACCUGCGAAUUCUACGGGCGAUCCAUGAACGAGAUCGUCUGCGUGUCGGCCCCGUCCGCCCACGGCCUGGGGGCUGUUCACGUCUCCGUCAGCGUCGACCGAGCUCAGCUGGAGCGGACUUUGCUGUUCGAGUACAUCGAGGACCCGAAGGUGCAGCACAUCGAACCCGAGUGGAGCAUCGCCAGCGGCCACACGCCUCUGACUGUCACCGGCUCCAACCUGGACGUGAUCCAGGAGCCGAGGAUCCGCGUCAAGUACAACGGGAAGGAGUUUGUCAAUGUCUGCAAGGUGGUGAACGCCACGGCGCUGGCCUGCCUGGCCCCCCCACUCACCCCCGAGUACCGGCCCGGCCUGGACGCCGUGGAGCGGCCGGAUGAGUUUGGGUUUAUCUUUAACAACGUGCAGUCCCUGCUCGUCUACAACGACACCAAGUUCAUCUACUACCCCAACCCCACCUUUGAACUCCUGAGCCCAACAGGGGUGCUGGAGCAGAAGCCGGGGUCACCCAUCAUCCUGAAGGGCAGAAACCUGUGCCCACCCGCUCCGGGAGGAGCGAAGCUCAACUACACCGUCCUGAUCGGAGAAACCCCCUGCGCCGUCACCGUCUCCGAGACACAGCUGCUGUGCGAGCCACCAAACCUCACCGGGCAGCACAAAGUGAUGGUGCGUGUUGGUGGUAUCAUCUUCUCCCCCGGCUCAGUGAGCAUCAUCUCGGACAGCCUCCUCACCCUGCCCGCCAUCGUCAGCAUCGCCGCCGGAGGCAGCCUGCUCCUCAUCAUCGUCAUCAUCGUCCUCAUCGCCUACAAGCGCAAAUCCCGAGAGAACGACCUGACUCUCAAGAGGCUGCAGAUGCAGAUGGACAAUCUCGAGUCCCGGGUGGCCCUGGAGUGCAAAGAGGCUUUUGCAGAGCUGCAGACAGACAUCAAUGAAUUAACCAGCGACCUGGAUCGCUCUGGGAUUCCGUACCUCGACUAUCGGACCUAUGCCAUGAGGGUCCUUUUCCCCGGCAUCGAGGACCAUCCUGUCCUGCGGGAGCUGGAGGUCCAAGGGAACGGGCAGCAGAGCGUGGAGAAGGCCUUGAAGCUCUUUGCCCAGCUGAUCAACAACAAAGUCUUCCUGCUGACCUUCAUCCGGACACUGGAGCUGCAGCGCAGCUUCUCCAUGCGUGACCGCGGCAACGUGGCCUCGCUCAUCAUGACGGGGCUGCAGGGCAAGCUGGAGUACGCCACCGACGUGCUGAAGCAGCUGCUCUCCGACCUCAUCGAAAAGAACCUGGAGAAUAAGAACCACCCCAAACUGCUCCUGCGCAGGACCGAGUCGGUGGCGGAGAAGAUGCUGACUAACUGGUUUGCCUUCCUCCUCCACAAGUUCCUCAAGGAAUGUGCUGGAGAGCCACUCUUCAUGCUCUACUGUGCCAUCAAGCAGCAGAUGGAGAAAGGUCCCAUCGAUGCCAUCACAGGAGAAGCCCGUUACUCCCUCAGCGAGGACAAGCUGAUCCGGCAGCAAAUUGAGUAUAAGACUCUGAUCCUCAACUGCGUGAACCCAGAUAAUGAGAACAGCCCAGAGAUCCCUGUGAAGGUGCUGAACUGUGAUACCAUCACUCAAGUCAAAGAGAAGAUCCUUGACGCAGUGUACAAAAACGUCCCAUAUUCGCAAAGACCAAGAGCUGUUGACAUGGACUUGGAGUGGCGGCAGGGCCGGAUAGCUCGCGUGGUCCUGCAAGACGAAGACAUCACCACCAAGAUUGAAGGAGAUUGGAAGCGUUUGAAUACCUUGAUGCAUUAUCAGGUAUCAGACCGCUCCGUUGUGGCUCUCGUUCCCAAACAGACCUCUUCCUACAAUAUUCCUGCUUCUGCCAGUAUAUCCCGGACGUCUAUUAGCAGAUACGACUCCACUUUCCGCUACACCGGCAGCCCCGACAGCCUGCGCUCCCGAGCCCCCAUGAUCACCCCCGACCUGGAGAGUGGAGUCAAGGUCUGGCACUUGGUCAAAAACCAUGACCACGGAGACCAGAAGGAAGGAGACCGGGGCAGUAAGAUGGUGUCUGAGAUCUACCUGACCAGGCUAUUAGCUACAAAGGGUACGCUGCAGAAAUUUGUGGACGACUUGUUUGAGACGCUGUUCAGCACCGUGCACCGCGGCAGCGCGCUCCCGCUGGCCAUCAAGUACAUGUUCGAUUUCUUGGAUGAGCAGGCAGAUAAGCACGGCAUCCACGACACCGAUGUGAGGCACACGUGGAAGAGCAAUUGUCUCCCCCUUCGAUUCUGGGUGAAUGUCAUCAAAAACCCCCAGUUUGUGUUUGAUAUCCACAAAGGCAGCAUUACGGACGCCUGCCUCUCUGUCGUGGCUCAGACCUUUAUGGAUUCCUGCUCCACCUCGGAGCAUCGUCUGGGCAAGGAUUCUCCUUCCAACAAGCUGCUGUACGCCAAGGACAUCCCCAGCUAUAAGAGCUGGGUGGAGAGGUAUUACGCAGACAUUGCCAAGCUCCCCGCCAUCAGCGACCAGGACAUGAACGCCUACCUCGCCGAGCAGUCGCGCCUGCACUCUGCCGAGUUCAACAUGCUGAGCGCACUCAACGAGAUCUACUCCUACGUCAGCAAGUACAGCGAGGAGCUCAUUGGGGCUUUGGAGCAGGAUGAACAGGCACGUCGGCAGCGUCUGGCAUACAAAGUAGAGCAACUUAUUGGUGCCAUGUCUAUUGAGAGCUGAAGAAUGGCCGCGGAGCUCACGAACAGCAAAGGGCAGAGGUUUGCACGGACUCUCGGGAAUUAAGAGGGAGAACAAGCAGGAAUUAAGAGCAAGAACAAGCAGGAAAGGUGCUGGACACAUCUCAAUACCAAGGCUCUUCUGGAGGGAGCAGAGACUGUCCCAAGGACUGACUGUGUUCCAAAUCAUUCAGGAUCCGGUUUGAAAAGGCAGGAAGAGGAAAAGACAAAUCAUCUCAAUCAAAGUCAAAUCAAGAUGGAUCAUUCUUUUUGAGCAUACGUGGGAAGAAGGAACCUGGAAAGUCUGGAUGUCUCCAUAACUGCUGCUUUGCAUGAAAAUUGUUUGAUGUAUAUUAGAAAACUAACUUGAAUUAAAGGGUUUUUUGAAAAAAAAAAAUAAAGAAAGGAAGAAAAAGAAACAAAAAAAUAGAGCAGAAACACAGAGGCCACAGAGAUAAUCCUGGCAACAAUCUCUGAAUCCUGUCCUCGAGAGAACCUGAGGAUGCGGCUCAGAAAUGCUGUGAACAGACUCUUAUGCCAAUUGGAAAGUCUGGAAAACCGAAAUUCUCUUCUUUUUGAGAUCUUAUAAAAAAUUACGAGCACAAGUUUGCACCACACCGUUUUACACGAGUGAAAUAGCAGUUUAGCCAGAAAAUAGUUCAGUGGCUGAGUAACUUAUAGGCACUAGAAGGAACUAUACUCAAUUGCAAAACCAUCAGAUCAUCCAACCUGUCUUGAAAUCCAGCUUUAUCGAUGUAUUUAUAUAGUGUCAAUAUAUAUCUAUUUUUUUUAAAUCCCGUUUACUGAUGAACGCGGGAAGAUCUUGAUUUUAAGCGCUUUCCCCUUUUCCAGCCCCGUUCGGCCUCGCGGGGCGCUGGUGCCACCACAGUGACCUGGCGGUGCUGUGGCCAUGGUCACGGUCACGGCCAUGGUCAUGGCCAUGGUCACAUCCAGCCAUGGUGGGCAUGUUGCUGCUUUCUGCUGGUACAUUUGCGCAGAAGCCUCCAGCCACCCUCUCCCCACCGGGCAGAGCUGCGGUGAAACCUCCCCGGUUGCGUUUUAGGGCGGUUUCUGGCAGCUGCCUCUUAUUCCUUGCAGUAAAUAAGACAACAAACCCCCAAUGUUUACAGUGUUUACAGUGAGCGAUACUUGAAAAGACUGGCCAGAGUGAGAUGAGAUAUUUAUCGCUUUUCUGUUUGAUUUGCAGAGCUGAUCAGCACGGGCUCCCUUUGCGUUUCUCUGCCAGCGUUCGCGGUGCUGCCUGGGGUCACGUUCAGGAUUUGAAUUUCCACUGGGGAAGGGAAGGAAAUCUUUGCUCCAGGCAAGGGAAAACCUAAACCAGUGUUCCAGUGGCCAGCUAGUGCUGCUGUCUUGUCUCCGUCUCGGCGUCUUGUUGUGAUAUUCAGUUCCUCGCUGGCCCCCACGGCGUGUGUUCAUGUGGCCAGUGACAGGCAAAUGUUUGUCAGUGUUGUUUCUUUAAAAAGACACCAAAGCUUAUGUGUGUCCCUUCGUAGAGUGCCAGGAGGGGAAGGAACGCUGUAAAUAUUUCUCCCUGUAAUAAAUAUUGAUAUUUGUGCAGGCUGCAGCGGGGAGGACAGGGCGAUGAGGUGUAAUGGAAAUAUAAGUAUUGACUGCGUGAGCGUGGCGGGGCUGUGCAGACUGGGACCUCCGUUUGCAGCCAGCGGGUGUCGAAGGAAAAUCCAUUUUCGUAUCUGUCCCCUCCUCCAUGGUUCCUGCCCAGAGAAGCCCUGGGGGGGUCCCCAUGGGCUGCACCAAGAGAGCUGCCGGCUUUCAGCCUUGGGACACAGCCCUAAGGGGAACCAGCGACAGCGAGAGGCGCGUAGGGAAAUACUCAGGAAACUUGUUGGUUUAAUUACCGUUCAGUAAAAGCCAUGCCAAGUCCGCUUUCUUUUGGUAAUCCACUUUUGUGAUUUUCUCUGGGCCCUAUUAAUGCUCUGGAAGAAAAUACUGAUAAUCAUCAACCUCGUGCAAUAAGUUCUUGACAUUUACAACGGCCUGAGCUUUGGAACUGGAGGGCUGGGGUUUACUGAGGCAAGGAGAGAGCUGCCAGGAACAGACUGAGAAGCAGAGCAGGAUUCGUGCUGCCCGUUGUUGGGAGAAUUCCCUUCCCAGGGAUCCUUCUCCUGCACAGUGAAUCUCAUUUUAAAGACAGAAAAUGUGCAAAUAUCCAGGUUGCCCUGUUAAAUUCUGGUGAAUGAGCCCGCCCUGCUCUUUGCUGGGGUGUUACCGGAGAUUGCGGAGUGUCAGGUUUUGAAAUCCUCCAGGUCUCGUUUAUUACGGGUUUCUGUUAACUGCUGUUCACAGUGAUCCGGCACGCAGCUUAUUUGAGUGAUUUCUGGAGCUGUAUUCUAGUUGUGGGCAUUGUCUUGGGUAUUCAUCUGAAAAUCGCUCACCAAAUUCUUACGGUACCCUGAAACCCAAAGAAAACACUCCAGACAGUCUCCAUAUGCUUCUAAAUAUUGAUCUGAGUAGUUAUCUCUGCAGGAUUCACAGAACGUGAGUACUGCCCGAAGCAAAGACCUGGCUUUUCAUCCCCCUGGGGGCUGGUCAGUGUGUGCUUGCCCUACAGCCCUGUGGUUCUCUUAUCUUCACAUCUAUCUGAGAGGCUUUUGCGUAGCCGCUUUUAAGUCUCCUUUGCUCCUCCUGCUCUCUGCCCUCUGGCCAGGAACACCCCAUAAAAGAAAAAUAAGACGUGUAGAUGAGGUUCUUGGGGACGUGGUUCAGUGCCAGUUAGGUUAACAGUUGCACUCAGUGACCUUGAGGGUCUCUUGCAACCAAAAUGAUUCUAUAAGCAUUUAGUCAUUCCCCCUUCCCUAGUGUUUUCUGAGCAAAGGCAAAGGUCCCCAAUCAUCCCCGGGGCUCCAGGUGCUCCAUGUGCAUUAAAAGAAUCCAACAUGGCUAAACACGGGAUGUGUAUUCCAUGAAUACACCAGAGCACUAAGGAGAGGUGGACUUGGAUUUUUGGUGCUGGGGGAGGAAUUUGAGCAGAGGAGGAAAAGGGAAAGCAGCAGGAGCACUUUGCAAACCAGUAAGUUGUCACACUUCUAACAGGCUUCCGAAGGAUGCAGCAGAAGAGUCUCUUCUUCAUCAUCUGAAAAGGCAUUAGGAGGAUGGUGUAGGCAAGAGCACGGUGCUGGCUGGAAGGGGCAGCCUGUAAAUAAUCUACCAAGUGACUGCUUGUGGUGGUUGACAUGAAUUAUGGAUCUUAACAGGCAAUUAUAUGGAACAAAGCAACUUAUCCCCUUGGGACAAAGGACUUGUAAUCUAUAGCCCUGUUUGCAUCCAGCUUUUCAGUUAUUCUGUUGGGAAGAGGGAGCUUCAGAUCUCAAAAUGGCAUUUUCUUCACCCUUGCAGCAAACUGGACUCGAGAUUUGGUCAGGAGGGGGCAAUGACUUUGCCUUAGAUGAAACGAUUUCACAUCCCUCUCAUUGCCCCCUUCCUCCUGCAAGGCCAGUUGGUGUUUUGAUUCUCCAGUUCACUUCAUUUCAGGUAUUUCGACAUCAAAGUGGGAGACGUCAUUUUCUGGAAUCUCUCUGCCUGGUGUCACCGCUUAAAUAAUUCUAUUUAAUCUUCUGCUCAUGAGCUAUCAAAGCACCCACUCCAAGGGGGAGCAAGGUGCUAAUCAAACGCUUCUCCACCUUGAAAGCCUUUAUUAAAAACCCAUAUACAAGAGUCUAACUUACAGGCAAGCUUGUCUCCUCCGCAUGAGCCCUGCUGUGGAGCACCAUAAUGCUGCAGCCCACCAAAGUCCAGAGGAUGUGGACAUCAAGUGGUCCACGCUUUGCCAUAAAGGAUGGAUUUAUGUUUAAUGGGAGGUGGGAGAGAUGAGCAUGGCCAAAGCACUGGAGCCUCUGGGGGAUCCAGCACGGACCAGUUCACAGCUGCAUGAAAACCCAGUGGGAACCAGCGCUGAGAAGUAAAAUCCACUUGCCAUGGGUGGGCAGCAUCCCAGGCAGGGGAGGUUCAUCCUGAAGGAUGCUGGACGUGGCCGUGCCGUUCAGCGAUGCCUUCCCGCAGGGUCUCAGUGCUGUGGCGCGGUGGGGAUGGCGAGUGCGGCCGCUCGACACGGUGGCACCAGAGACCUUCAUCACAGCAGUGCCUUCAACACACUGUCUUAAAAUCCCAACAGCCCGUCCCCACCUAAGUUCUCUCCCCUACCCGCAACUGGACUUUACCAAAAAAAUGUCACAAUGUAGGAAACAGUUUGGGUGGGCACGUAGAGGACUAAAGCAAGAGGACUUAAAGCUCUGGGGCCGCGUUCCUGUGCGCUGCUGGCUCCGAGCACCUCGGAUAAGUCAUUUAAGUCUGUGUGGAAAGGGUCGGAGCGCUUCCCUCCUCCGGUGGGCAUGACCUACAAACAAGGUCUUAUUUCCAGAAGUCCUGAGCAGCCAGCGGGGAUGAGGAGAGACCUGCCCGCUGCUCUCACCCUGUCCCCGGAGCAGCAGGUUGGCAAAGGGCAGAGCAGGUCCCAGCACGGUGCCCGUGAUGCUCCUGGAGCUGGUUCCCUGGAGCAGCCCAGUCACUGGCUCAUCUCCAUCCCCUUUCUAGUGCUGUCAGAGCCACCGGGACUCAGCUCACCAAACUAAAUGGAACUCGGAUAGACUUGACUUGAAUAAGCUGGGACAUCAGGGGAAGCUCACGAGUGACUGGACCCUGGAGAAAAAAAAAAAUAAUAUUAAAAAAAAAAACGUUCAGAGAAGGAUAAACGACAUCAAAGAGGCAUUAAAAUGCCACAAAGCUUCAGCCAUCCUAUUUCAGAAUUGCAUUUGUACCAUAAACCACAAGCCAAUAACGCAGGGAGCUGCGACGUUGUAUAUAGUUGCGUACUAGGUAGAGCUCGGUGAGCAGUUCCGUCUGUUUAGUGAAUGUGUCUUCGGUGAAAACUCCCGCACCGCCCCGGCCUUCACCCAGGGCCACCAAAACCAGCGGGUUGGAGGCCAAAGGCGAAGUGCUGGUGGCAGCUAAGAGGCCACCCAGCACCCGCAUGGACAGGAUGCUUCUUUUCUUUUUAAUUAGACCUUCGGUGGGGAAAUAAUCAGAGUAAAAGAUGCUGGUGUGCACUGCGAAGAAGAUGCCGCUCGGGAUCCGCUGAGCCAAGCAACCACGAAUGUGCAAUUUCAGUGUAGGCUGGGGCAAGUCAGUUUUGCAGGGGAAGAGGAUGGGGGUCUCCAAAGCAAUUUUUGUCACCCGAAAGGCUUUGUCCAAAGCCUCUAUUUGCCAUGAAGAGUCCCCGGCUUUGGGUGGUGGUCUCGUUCUGGGCAAGGCACGGCAGAGCGGCCGGUGUCCCCGCUGUGAGCACGGGGGUGUCCGUGUCCUUCUUCUUUCAGAUCCUGUUUGCCCCUGUGUUACCCGUUCCUCUCCUUUCUUUGUAAAAGUGGAAUAUAAUACUGAAAAAAUAGACGUUCCUGCAGCUUAGAACGUGCUCAAAAGACCUGCAGGGUCCAUCCAAUUGCAUGGACAAUAUCCCAAACUCUCUGAGCCUCCUGAGGCUGCCAAAUCAAAUACGAAAUCUCCCGUAUGGCCUUUUCUUUGAGAUUUUUUUUAAUACCUCUUAUUUGAAAUAAGCUUGGAAGUUUAUGCAAUAGCUUCUCCAUGGGAUGUUUCAGUCUCACGGACCAAGCGGCGGAAAAGCGCGUCUGCAAGAGGAGCCGACGGAAGGUAAAUGAGCUGAUUUUGCCACGUUAUUUCAUAGCUUCGAAAGAUACUGUAGUAAAAUAUCCUUCUCUUACUGAUGAGUGUUUCUGUGCUAAUGGCACCUUGGGGGCCGUUAGGAGAAGUGGUGGGAAGCAGCAAGGGGAAGGGAAUGUACAGGUACUCAAACUGGUGGAGUCCCCAAAACUGUCACAGAAUGUAGAGAUAUCAGCCGUGGAAUCGGUUCUGAUUUCUUCUGCCCGUCCCCCCCCUAAAAUAUAAAUCCAUGCCAGUUUUAGGGGAUUUGUGUAUUGACAGGAACAAUGAAUUGGUUUGUAUCCAUACCCAUUCCACCGUAUCGUUCUCUGGCUCCUCCCCUCCCCGUUAUACUUGACACACUGGAGUUCUGUAUUAUAUUUUUUUUAAGAUGAUUGUCUGUUUUUUUUGUUGUUUUUACAAGUGUUGUGGAAAAAAAAUGUAAGAAAGUUUAAGUAUUUAAAAAUGUUCCAAGGAUAAAAAAAAAAAAAGGGGGUUUUGUUAUUAUUCUAAUAUAUUAUUGUGUACCUAUUGUAAAUAUGAAACACUCCUAUUUUGCAAGCCAAGGACUCACUUUGUACUGUUGUUAUAUAUAAAUAAAGUUUACUGGUUAAAAAAGC